AUGGGUUUAUGUCAAAGUCAAGAGGAGAAAACAUUAGCGCAAAAAAGUAAGGCGAUUGAUAAAGAGAUGAUGCAAGGACAUAUCGCGCAACAGAAGGUCGUCAAAUUGCUGUUGCUAGGUGCUGGUGAAUGUGGUAAAAGUACAGUUCUGAAACAAAUGAGAAUAUUGCACACACAUGGCUUCACAGAGGAAGAGAUGCUUCAACAGAAAGCGGUUAUCUAUAAUAAUACAGUGCAAGCGAUGGCGUCAUUGCUGAGAGGAAUGAAAACGUUGAAUAUUCCACUUGAAAACCCACAACGAGAGACGGACGCAAGGGUUGUUUUGGACGUGGUCAAGGCUGGCAAUGAAUCAGAGCCAUUAACUGCUGAACUGGCAAAAGCGCUCAAAAGUCUUUGGUCAGAUAGAGGUGUCAGCAAGGAUGCGUAUGGUCGAGGAAAUGAAUUCCAGUUGCCUGAAUCUGCGAGCUAUUUCUUGGAUUCCAUCGAUCGAAUCGCUGCAUCAGACUAUAAGCCUACCGAACAGGACAUUCUGCUGAGUCGAAUUAAAACAACGGGUAUCGUAGAGGUGAAAUUCCAAAUGAAAAACGUUGAUUUUCGGGUGUUCGAUGUGGGUGGACAACGAUCUGAACGUAAAAAAUGGAUUCAUUGCUUCGAAGAUGUGAACGCAAUUAUAUUCAUCGCCGCAAUCAGUGAAUACGAUCAAGUUUUAUUCGAAGACGAAACAACGAAUCGUAUGAUCGAAAGUAUGCGAUUGUUCGAGUCUAUUUGCAAUAGCCGAUGGUUUAUUAAUACCUCGAUGAUUUUAUUCCUCAACAAGAAAGAUUUAUUCCUGGAAAAAAUCAAGAAAACAUCCAUUAAAAUCGCAUUUCCCGAAUAUAAAGGACCGCAAACGUACGAGGAUUCCGUUAGAUUCAUUGAGGAGAAAUUCGAGGGGCUGAACGCCAAUCCCGAGAAGACAAUUUAUAUGCAUCAGACUUGUGCAACAGAUACGAAUCAAGUUCAAAUGAUCCUGGACAGUGUUAUUGACAUGAUCAUUCAGGCGAAUUUACAGGGAUGUGGAUUGUAUUGA